AAGAGAUUCAGAGUAUUCGAGUUGCUAAGCUAAAGCAUACAGCAAGCAAGCAGUAUUGAGCAAGCAGUAUGCAAGCAGCAUGCAAGAAGCGUUCAGAAGAGAUUCAGAGCAUUCGAGUUGCUAAGCUAGAGCAAACAGCAAGCAAGCAGUAUGCAAGCAGCGUGCGAGAAGCGUUCAGAAGAGAUUCAGAGCAUUCGAGUCGCUAAGCUAGAGCAUACAGCGAGCAAGCAGUGUCGAGCAAGCAGUAUGCAAGCAGCGUGCGAGAAGCGUUCAGAAGAGAUUCAGAGCAUUCGAGUCGCUAAGCUAGAGCAAACAGCAAGCAAGCAGUAUGCAAGCAGCGUACGAGAAGCGUUCAGAAGAGAUUCAGAGCAUUCGAGUCGCUAAGCUAGAGCAAACAGCGAGCAAGCAGUGUGCAAGCAGCGUGCGAGAAGCGUUCAGAAGAGAUUCAGAGCAUUCGAGUCGCUAAGCUAGAGCAAACAGCGAGCAAGCAGUAUGCAAGCAGCGUGCGAGAAGCGUUCAGAAGAGAUUCAGAGCAUUCGAGUCGCUAAGCUAGAGCAAACAGCGAGCAAGCAGUAUGCAAGCAGCGUACGAGAAGCGUUCAG